AUGUCAAGCAGCGCCGCGGUUGCCUCGGUCGAGGCCGAGGCUGCGACAUCAGCAGCUGUUCCACCGCAGGCCAACGACAGCGUCGGCACGGUCGCUUCGCCGCGGGAUGCUGGAGAGGGCACGGGCAGCGCAGCGAUCGCAGGAGAGAGCGCACUGGUACAGCCGCCGGCGACGGGCAUGCAGAGUGCAUCCUCGCAGCGUGGCGCUGCGCCGCAGCUUUUGGGCGCCAGUUCCGUCGCUGGGCCAUCUCGUCUGCCAGCAUCGCCUGCGGAUGCGCCUUCGCCCGGGCACGCCGCCGUGCUGCCGGCGUCCUCCUCGAACGUGUCUCUGCAUGCUCUGCCGCGGCGCAGCAUCGAACGUGCACUGACGAGCGUCUACAGCGUCUUCUUUGGAGCGCACGACAUCAAGACGUGGUACGCCAGCCCGUUCCCGCUCGAUGAUGACCCGCACGACGCAACGCCGGCCGGCUCGCCCGCACAGUCCCACCAGCCAGUCAAGCGAGGCGGCAACAAGCGACCGCGUCUGGAAGCUGCUUCGCGCACUCCGAGCGGCGCUGCGAAUGGAGCCGCAGCGAACGGCACGCCAGCUGCAGCUGCAGCACUGUCGACGCCGGGCCCUCAUGCCGGCGGUGCACUGGCGUCCACGUCGGCGGGUACGCCUGCGUCCGUCGUGUCCGCGACAGACAGUCCCGCAGCUUCUGGGCGGCAAAGAGGAGCAGCUUUGCAGCCGCAGGGCACCUCGACUGGCCGCUCGCUGUGGGUGUGCGACGGCUGCUUCAAGUACGCGCGCACCUACGCCGGCUAUCGCGUGCACAAGAAGGAGUGCACCUACACGCAUCCGCCGGGCCGCAAGGUAUACCAGCGCGGCGCUCACAUCAUCUGGGAGGUCGACGGCGCUGAGCAGAAGCUCUACGCCCAGAACCUCUCGCUCUUCGGCAAGCUCUUCAUCGACCACAAGGCCAUCUACUUUGACGUCGAGCCGUUUCUCUUCUACGUGCUCACGGAUGCGAGUCCGCACUUUGACCACCCGAUCGGCUUCUUUUCCAAGGAAAAGAUCUCGUACGACGACUACAACCUCGCCUGCAUCAUCACGUUUCCGCCGUUUCAGAAGCGCGGCUUCGGCACGCUGCUGAUCGAGUUCAGCUACUACCUCUCUGCACACGACGCAGUCCCGGGCACGCCGGAGCGGCCGCUGUCCUCUCUCGGCUUCCGCGGCUACCUUGCCUACUGGUCGUCGGUAGUGCUGCGCACACUGGCACUGGCGUUCGACGAGAUGGAGCCCAGCAUCUCGCAGCUGCUGCUAGCGCCACCACCUUCCGCCUCUACGCCGGUCAAAGGCGCACCCGUUAGCCCAGCCGUGGCAGCAGCGGCGCGAGCGCGACAAGUGCACGAGUGCACGCGCAUCAGGCGGGCGCUGCUCGGUCUGCCUGCUCUGCCCGACACCUUCCGACCACUGUCUGGCGGCGAUGCGGAGGAAGAAGAGAUCCAGCGACGCAAGAUCAUCCGCGUAGCCAAGGGCUUCGCAGGCGUCACGCCUCGCGGUCUCGCUACGCCGUCUCGCUCUGAGCGCCGUGCCACACGCGCUAGCAACCGCGCCGGCUCGCAAGGCAGUCCGGUGGAGGAAGCACCGAGCCCGGUCAAGACAGAGCCCGGUGCAGCAUCAACAGGCGGGAGCAAUGGCCGUACGCGCGGGCAGGCCUCAGCACCUGCUCCAGAUGCCACAUCGAAGCAUCCAGCGCUGGCCAUCGCCAUUGCGCCCGGCGCCUCCAUCUCGCUCGCUACCACGCUUGGCGCGCUCAGUGCAGCGACGCGGCUGCGUGUCGACGACGUAGCCUUUGCGCUUGCAGAAUGCGGCCUACUGCGCUGGCGUGUACCCCCUGCUGUGCUCCAGGAGCGCGGCGUGUACCGUGCUGCGAAGGGCACAGACGCCGCUGGACAGGCCAAAGUUGCUUCAGAGCUGCCGGCCGAGGUAGCGCUGCUCAUCACGCGCGACGCCGUGCGCGAGGCCAUCCGCGCCAAGAAUGUCAAGCGCCCGGUGCUCGACGACAUCUACGUGCUUGUCUGA